CGCAUCUCCUCACAGAAACCACCAGGCGCACCGGCAGUCCUCGUCUCUGCUGACUCAGUGCCUUACCAGCAGUCCCUUCAACACCGAGAUACCGCAUCCAGCAAACAGACGCACAUCCUCCGGUCAACCCACCACCAACACCACCACCAGUACAGACAUGGCUAAGACAGCAAUCGCGUACAAAGAGAAGAUGAAGGAGAUUUCCGUCUUCUCGCUCAUCUGCUCUUGUUUGUACCCCGAGACCCGCAAAAACGUCAUGGGUGACUUUGAAGACAUGGACAUCAAGCCCAUUAACAAGCGAGCCUCGGGCCAGGCCUUUGAGGUCAUCCUGAAGCCGAUCUCUCCCGUGUCUGACGCUGCCCACUGCGUCACCACCCCCCCAAAGAGGGACCUCUCCCUGGAGGACAUCCAGAAGAAACUGGAGGCAGCUGAGGACCGGAGGAGAUCCCAGGAGGCGCAGGUGCUCCGGGCCCUGGCUGAGAAGCGGGACCACGAGCGCGACGUGCUGCUGAAGGCCAUGGAGGAGAACAGCAACUUCAGCCGCAUGGCCGAGGAGAAGCUCCAGGUGAAGAUGGAGCAAAACGAAGAGAACCGGCAGGCUUACCUGGCCGCCAUGAUGGAGCGCCUGCAGGAGAGGGAGAGGCAUGCUCAGGAGGUACGCAGGAACAAGGAGUUGAAAGAAGAAGUGACAGCGUGAGAAGCCCCAACACGUCCCACCUCCAAAACACCCCACCCACCACCCCCCCUCCCCACCCGAGGAACACCCCUCUCCCCACCUUAUCCCACAUGUCCCCUCCGUCCUUCUCCACCCCUCCGCCAUACUCCCCCAUACUACUAUGAAACUACCACAGCCUGAGACGCCACCCCGAGACAGUGGGAGGUUCAAAUGGGGUUGGGGGUGGAAAACAAAAAAAAGCAAAAAUAAUUUAGAAAAAUUAAUGUCUCCCCCCCCCACUCUUCCCAAAAAAAAAAAGAAUGUUUUUGCUCCGUUUCAAAUGAGAAGAAAAGAAAAAAAAUUGACAAGUGACAAGUGGGUAUUGGUUUCUGUAAAUACUUCUUUUUUUGUUAUAUACAGUACGAUACAAGCAGCAAAAGUAUUGAUUGCAGUGUGCCAUUUUUUCUAUAUAAGUUUCCUCUCCCUGCUUAUAUAUGGAUGUAAUAAUUCAUUUUUAUGUUUUUCUUCUUUGUUCAUUUCAGCCUGAGGAUCAUUUCAGGCGUAGGUGUUUGUUGUGAGUUUGCCAGAUAGCUGAUGUUUGCCGCGGCGACUGGUUUGCGUUCUCACAAGGCCCGCAUGCUGGCUCCGUUCCCUCGUCCCCUCCGAGUGGGCGCUUACUCAUUUGACCCCUGCAGAUCUGGAAACAAAAAAUUGGAUCUGGCUGGAGUGAUUUUCCAUCCAGUUUAUUGCCAAUGUACCAAUUAGUGAGGGAAAGCUGGCAGAAGGAAAAGGGGACAGUUGGCUUUCUGUGGGGACCGCAAGCCGUCGCUGCACAUCCACUCCUGCGAGGUAGAUGGUGACUGUACCGCAGGAGAACACUAUAGCAUUUAAUGAGCCCAUCCUCAUCCUCCUUCCCUCCGUCUGCAACCUCUUCAUCUCUCCACAUACUGUAGAAGCACUCGCUCGCACGCUCUCCACUUGGGCAGGCAUUUAGCCAAUCAUAGCGCAGAGCUCAGGAGGAGCUCGCUAAAUUUCUGUCCCAUCUGGCACCGGAAAGCUCACGUAACAUCCCUGGCCGACGGCGGGGCCUCUUAUAUCCCUCAGAAACAAGCUUCCAAUCACGCGUUACUGUACUAUACAACACAACUGAGGUUAUCUCAAGAACGCUGGAGUGCAACAAAAACUUGUUACUGUGAAUCUUAAAUCGGAGAAAACACAAAUAAACUCCACCCUUUCUCCAUUUCAUCGAGGUUAGAGUAGUGCCCAACAUCAUCUGGAGUCAUCGCACUUCACUCCAAGACACUGUAAACGCCACCGAAAGGUCGGCACCAGAAAGAUAUUUAAGCCAUAACAGGUACAGCUGCAGCAAUGAUUCAUGAACACAGUGUUUCCAUCUGUAAAAGGUGUACAUGAGCGUAUUUUAAAGUAUCAGGGUGUCGGUAACACACGCACGGUAGGCCCGUAGAUGUGUGUGAGUGUGUGUGUGUGUGUGUAUUGCAGAUAAUGGCAGGUAGAUAACAGUGUUUUGUGAUAUUGAUCCGGUGGAGUAAAUAAACCAACACCGUUACAGUGUGUAACAACAAGUACAUCACAGACAAAGACUAUCCUACCUGCCUCUCUCUCUCUCUCUCUCUCCUCUGUCCAUCUGUGUGUUUCCCUCCUCUCCACGUAUAUCUUUGUGAGCAAGCAGUGGUUAAUAAAGAUUUGGGGUUCAGUGAAUGAAA